AUGGAGAACACAGACUCCUCUUCGCCUUCGGGUGACCCGCCCCGCUCUGCGGACGAUACCCGACAGCUGAAUGAAGCUCAGUCUGGAACCCCUCCGUCGUCCACUGCGCAUGUUCUCACAACCAAUCCGCAGCCAUCAUCCUCAAAUGCGGAAUCGUCCGAGGCUCGCUCAGCAGAAGCUCAGCCAUCUCAGCCAGGCCACCCGUCGCCGAGCCAAGCCGCUCCUGCGACCACUUUAUGGGAGAACUUCAUGGCCAGCUUCCGCACUGUCAUUCACGGCAGCGAGCCGCAGACGCAGCAGUCGCGAGACGCAAGCACAUCCAGCGCCGCUUCUGCAUCGAAUGCGCAACCUCAAGAGAGCACGGCCACUCAGCCAACACCAGCACCGUCUCGCACAGAAUCAUCGUCUGCAGGCGCAGGUGCUGAGCCAAGCGCCUCGAGUCAGCAGACGACCACCACAGAGUUCGACACAAACUCGAGCAGGCUCCCGCGCCCUCCGGUCUUCUUCCGACUUCCUUUCGCUGGAGCCGACGGGAAUCCUGCCUUGCUCGCAUUCCAUCCGCAGCCCUUGCCUCCUCGAGAUAGCGGUGCUCCCUCAGCAGCUCAGCCCGCAUCGACAAAUCAGAACGGCUCACAGAAUUCAGCGUCGCAAUCAAGACCCGACGCUCAGCCCCAGGUACAAGGAAAUGCAGCUAACACGGCUGCAACCGACCCACAUUCUCACCCGCACCCAGAUGGUCAUGUCCCCAUCGCCCCCCUUUUCGUGCCGUUUGGCGCAUCGCCCAUGCCCUUCAGCUUCAUCUACGACGCCAACACUCAAACAGCGUGGCCCAUCGCCCAAGUCACCCCUGGCAGUCCUCCUGGCGGACCCUCCCCCGACGCACCCGAAUCCCAACAACCCCGCCUCGUUGCCGGCCCGCCCUUCCGCAUCAUCCUCGACAUCCACUUCACCGCGCCACCUCCACCGGAACAGCCGGACGCGCGCAAAGCCGCCUCCUACGUUGCACAGCUCGAGCGGGCCGAUGCAGAGCUCCGCGCACGCAUGGCGCGCCUCGGCAUGGGCAGCAUCGGCGGCUUCGGCGAUGACCAGGAUGCUCUGCUCGGGUGCGGCAUUUGUCUCGACAGCUAUGCGUCGGACGAUCGACCUGAAUGGAUCGAUGGGCCGAAGAGUCAGGAUGAGGCUGUCGUUGCCGUUCCUUGUCCGGGACACCACACGUUGCACGCGGGAUGUCUGAGGGACUGGUUGGAGAAGCUACCGCCAUCGCAGUGGACUUGUCCCUUUUGCCGCACAAACCUGUCAGUCUCGACAUCGACGUCGGCUAAAGCGAUCUCGAGCGCGAGUACGCAACAUACGACGCUGCGGGAGGAGGUGAGAGCGAGAGAACGACAAGUUGGAUGGCGAUGUGACGCACCUGCCUGUCUCCCACGCUACCCCGUCACCGACCCAACCGACGCGGGGGGAGGACACCUGGAGCUGCCCGAAACAAGCGAGGAUAUGACCACCGACCUCGUCCGUCUCUCUCCCUGCCACCACGCAGUGCACCUCGAUUGCCUCUGCACCGCCAUGCGCGUGGAGAACGAUCUGGUCGCCACGUCGAUCGAUGCGCUCCCCGACGAGGAGGAGGGAGAGCGCGAUACGGUGGGCAAAUGGGUCACCUGUCCGGCGUGCAGGAAGGAGUGUUGGGCGGAACUGCCGUUGCGACGACGACCGCUUCGAGCGGGUGCGGCUGGCGAGACGGAGAAGCCCUCGCACUCAGCCGAGGAGACGUCGUCAACUGACAUGCCAGAAAAGGUCGAUCACGAUUCGGAGGAGGACGCUGUCGUGGCUAUGCUCGCGUCCAACUAA